UACAGUAGUACCGGAGUGUGAACAUGGACAGCGGCUGCACGGCGGCUCUCCUCCCUGGCAAAAGCAGCCGGGGAGACAGCUGAACGGGACCGAUAGACAUGCAGCAGAGGCUUUUCCCUAUCAGUAGCUAAGCGGGAUAUAAGGAUUGCAAAGAUGACUGAGGGCAGACUGUGCCAAGUGCAGCUGCUGGAUGACAGGAAGCUAGAGCUGCUGGUUCAGCCUAAGCUGCUGUCGUACGAACUCCUCGACUUGGUGUCCUCCCACUUCAACCUCAAAGAGAAGGAAUUCUUUGGACUCGCGUUUUUUGAUGACAAUGGUCAGCGUAAGUGGUUGCAGAUGGACAGAAGAGUUCUUGAACAUGACUUUUCAAAGAAGUCCCAGCCCAUUGCCCUCAACUUCCUGGUCAGGUUUUAUGUAGAAAACAUAACACAGCUCAAGGACAUCAUAACAGUGGAGCUUUUCUACCUGAAUGCAAAAUCUGCCGUCUACAAUGAGAUCAUAGAAGUGGAAAGUGAGAACGUCUUCAAGUUAGCUGCAAAUGCCUUGCAGGAGGCGAAUGGAGACUACACAAGUGAUGAAAACACAAGAGCCGAUUUGAAGAAACUACCAACUCUUCCCACCAAAGUGCUCAAGGAACACCCGUCACUUGCAUACUGUGAGGAUCGAGUGAUUGAAUAUUAUAAACAGCUGAAAGGAGUGUCCCGCGGACAGGCCAUUGUACAGUAUUUGACGUUAGUGGAAUCGCUACCCACGUAUGGCGUGCAUUAUUAUGAAGUUAAGGAUAAACAAGGGAUCCCAUGGUGGCUUGGAAUCAGCUAUAAGGGCAUUGGCCAGUAUGACCUGCAGGAUAAAUUAAAGCCUCGAAAGCUUUACCAGUGGAAACAGCUGGAAAACUUGUACUUUCGGGAGAAGAAAUUUGCAGUAGAAGUUAAUGAUCCACACAGGAGAGCAGUUACCAAGCGCACCUUCGGACAGACAGGACUACUCAUCCACACGUGGUAUGCCAGCCAUUCUCUGAUCAAAACCAUUUGGGUCAUGGCCAUCAGCCAGCACCAGUUCUAUCUGGACAGAAAGCAAAGCAAAGCUAAACUGGGAACAGCAAGAAGUUUGGAGGAAAUUGCCAUGGAUCUCACAGAGCACGGAGGAGCGAAAAUAAACAGACUGGGAGACGCUUGCUUGAAGAAUAACUUAAUAACAGCCAGCAAUGGGAGCCUGGUGUCUACAGGUUCUGCAGACUCUGAAAUGAGUGAAGAACAGAAGAAGGAGAAACUAUCUGAGCUGAGAAAAAAAGAGCAGGAGAUCCAAGAUAUUUUGGCCAAGAAAACAAAAGAACUGAAGAAGAUUUGCCUGAGAGAGGCGGAACUUACUGGCAAGCUGCCAAAGGAGUAUCCCCUCUCGUCAGGUGAGAGACUGCCACAAGUCAGACGGAGAGUUGGCACUGCUUUCAAGUUAGAUGACCUUUUCCCCUACAAUGAGGAUCCCAUCCUGAGAAACCUGGAAAGCAGAUUUGCCCUGCAGCAGAAGAUUGUGGAGGCGGCUAAAAAGCUUGCAAAUGAGCCAGAACUGUGCAAAACAGUGAAGAAGAAGAGGAGGAGAAACUGUUUGGAUGCCAUGCACAAACUCCAGCAGAUAGAGGAUGAGAUGAACCAGUACAGAAUCAAGAAGGGGAAGAAGCCCACACAGCGGGCAUCAAUGAUCAUUGCAGAUGAACUCAUCCGUUCAGACUGUAGCUCUCUGUCUAGUCUCCCAAUGGACGAUGAUGACUCAGAUGGUGUCAGUCAGAGGCCGCGAUCACGCUCGGUGCAAGGUUCUCCUCAGCUCAGUCCGCUGCGAUCAAUCGGAGCAGAAUAUGAUGCGGACAGACAGGGAUCUCCAAGGGAAAAUCACCACAGCAAGAACCACACAAGAUUAGCUUUUGAAGGUCAGGAGGCUUCCCACUUCUACCAGAACCCAAGAGAGGUCUCGUCCACCCACAGUAGUCCCUAUAAAACUCUUCCCAGACCUCCCAGAGAUCCACGCAGCAUGCCUCCCACCCCGGUUAUGACCCGCAAUGCCUACAGCAGCAGCCAGCUCAGGUCGGAAGGGUCUCCUCAUUGCUUUCGGCAUCGCAGCGGAAGUCUGGAGUCACAGCCCCAGUUAAGAAAAGACACCGACUCAGAGAAGCCCAUCUUUAUCUUGUCACCAGCCCACCGCAGCAACAGCACAGAAGUGUUAGAGGAUUGCUCAUCCUACACCAGCCAGUCGAGUCUGGACUACUGCGGGGCAGCCAACUCCCACUACAGUACACUGGACUCCCGAUCCUCAACCAUGCAUCGUCUCCACAGGAAGGUGGAAGUGUAUGGAAAUACCGGGAGUAUGCCCAACUUGGUCCAGCACCAUUCUGGCUGUAGUUAUUCAUGUGAGACCUCAGCACACUAUGCGCCCAGUGCCUACUACGUCGCCGGCUACCCCUGCGCGGACAUGGAGCCUUACACUAACGGUGCCUAUGUGUAUGAGAAUGAAGUAGAAGGCCAUUACAACGUGAACCCUUCUUACCAAAUGAAUGGGUAUCAUGGACAUGACAGAUUCAGGCACUACAACAGCGACAGGGCAGAUAGUCUUUCCCAGAAUCCCUACGCAACAGUGAGGCCACCACGGAACAGAGAGGGACCCAGAAAUGAGCUGCUGGCCAAAAACAUGCAGAAGGCCUUGGUGGCGGAGCAUCUGAAAGGCUGGUACCAUCGGAGCAAGGGCCACAGGGAGGGAGGCAGGGGGAUGCUGACUGGAUAUGACUUUGACAGCGGCUCUCAGCUCAGCCUGGGCUACCAGACCAUGCCAGCGGCCUUCAGCCACUCCAGCAGAACCACCUCCUUUUCAUCAGUGUCCUCAGUGGAAAGCACAGGCAACUGGCGCAACCAGCUGGCAGUCGGCCUGACAGAGUACGAUUCACCCGACAUGCCUCAGUACCCACAUCCUGGGGCUCCUUCUUCUCCGUACGCCCGCGGUCACACACACAAUAGGUUUUAUCUGGACGGACGCUAUAUGAGUAUCCGCUGAAAAGGACCAAACCAAAGUUUGGCACAAACAAAGCCAUGGCCAGCAGCACAUGAAGGGGAUGAAGUUGAAACACAGGCUGUACACAGACUUUUUUUUUUUUGCUGCCAUAACUGUGUUUUUGGGAGAUGUAUGCGUGUUAGGUUUUUGGCAGUCUUUGUGUACACUGUCCUCAUGUUAAAGUAACCUCUGAACACAGUGAUGACACUCUUGAAUGACUUUCCCAUGUGCCUUGGAUUGGAUGGAUUGUACAGGCAGAUGAGAAUGUGUCAGAAAAUUAAAGAUGUUGCACAACCACACUGGAUUCAAACCCUAUUGUGUUUUAGAGAAACAAAAAAAAGGCAACAUGUUUUUACCAGUGUAUUUUAAGAGGAAUUAGUUACAGCCUUAUACAAAACAGUAGGUUAUAGAAUAAAAAAUAAUUUUCACUACUUUCAUCUCAGUAUGUAUGACAAAAAUAGUCUUAAAUAAAACAACCAAAUCAAAAACAAAGCUUGAGCGCUGUCACAAUGUGACAAAAUGACAACAACUGGAUUCAUCAUUUGUUUUUUGAUCAGCAGACUGUCUCUUCAAUGAAUUUCCAUUUCUUCCUUUCAGUAGACUUUGAAACAGAUUGUAUUAUGUCAGUGUUUAUAGACCCAUUUGUCUUUGGUGGUGCCGUAAUGUGUUUAAAAAUGCAUGUUAAGAAUAUUGUUUUGUUUUUUUUUAUAAGAACUUCUUUUAUAUUAACAAAAGACCACUGCCGAAAAAAAAAACAACAUAUCUGUGUCCUGUUGUUUGUUUUCUCAUGCAUUUGUACAGUCAGUGUGUAGUCAUAUGUUGUUAGAUAUUGUCAUAAAAUAUUUUCCACUGGGAACAAGGAUGUGAAUAAAUACAUGUGUGACACAUAAA